GCCAAGAUCAGAUUAGUUGUAAGUGGACCGUGUUAGAGUGAAGGAGUGAACUAUUUCAGCUCCCGCUUUCAGCUCACAUCUUUUACCUAGACUCUUAAGAGAAUGUGGAGUGAAGUGUGAGGUCUGUGCAUGAGAUUCAGCAAGAUGGUUUAUAUCAAGCUAAAACUUCUUCUCCUCCUUCCCCUACUCAACCCUGGCUUCGGAGCUGAGAGAAGGAAGAGGAAUGAUGAUCUUUACCAGUCCCACAUUUACAGUCACUACCUCCAAAGAGAAGGAAGGUUUCUAUACAAUGAUGAAAACCAGUUUAAUUAUGCAGGGGGGUAUAAUAACAAGAGAGAUUUAAACUCACCACCGUAUACUGAACCCUACCAUGAAAAACCCUACUACGAGGAGCCCUACCACGAGGAACCUUACCACGAGGAACCCUACCACGAGGUCCCAACAAAUUUUGUAACUCCACUUCCAUCCCAUCCUUCUCAUCACCCAACACCAUCCUCCUUUCACCAUCCCGCUCCCCAUAGUCCUACCCCUGCUUCUUAUAAUCCUACUCCCUCACCUUAUAGUCCUACUCCUUCACCUUAUAGUCCUUCCCCUGCUCCCUACAGUCCUACACCUGUUCCUUACAGUCCAACACCUGCUGCCUACAGUCCUACACCUGCUCCCUACAGUCCUACACCUGCUCCCUACAGUCCUACACAUUCUCCCUACAGUCCCACUCCUGCUCCCUAUAGUCCAACACCGGCUCCAUUCAGUCCUACUCCUGCUCCCUACAGUCCCGUACCUGCUCCCUACAACCCCACCCCUGAUCCCUACAGUCCACAUCAAUCUUCUGCCUAUGCUAUAACUCCUGCUCCUCCAGCUCCUUAUGGAGUUUCUCCAACCCCUCAUCCGUACUCUCCAGCUCCAGGUCCCUACUCGCCAUACUCUGCUUAUAACCCUCACUCUCCAGUUCCACACCAUUAUUCUCAAGACCAUCCUGAACCUAAACCUCACGAAUACACUUCGUAUCAACCUACUGCUCAUCCAUCUCAUCUUAAACAGCUUAAUCAUCCGUAUCCUCAGUAUUCCUACCAACCAGCAUAUCCAGAUCAAUACUUUCAUCAAAACCCAUACGCAACUCCGUACCAACCUCACCAACUCCAUCAACCCCUCCUCCAUUCUUCCUACCCUCAUCAGGUAGAACACAAUCCACUUCCAGUCCCACAUGAAGUACACCCUCCACCACACCUUAGUGUUCCUGUUCUUCAUCAUCAACCUCAACUUCAUGGUUCUCACGGAUUAGUUCAUCACAAACCAGCCAUUCAACUACAUCCAGAGGAUACCCAACAAUUACAUCUGGAAGCAAUUAAUGAACCCCAGGAUCCCCAUAACCCUCCUUCUCCUCAAGAGCCGGAGCAAUUGACGCAUGUCGCUCACCCAGGGUUUUCUCCUGGUAGGGAUCUUCAAAUCAUUUCUCAUCAGAAUAGUUUCCAGCAUCCACAAGAGCAAGCUCAUGAGGCAGAACCCUCUUUCCCAUUUCCUCAACCCUCCAUCCCUCCAACUCUACCAUCCAUCCCUCCUCCUCAACCUACUUUGGCUCCUUCUCAUUCUACCUUCUCUCCUCAACCUUUCUUUCAAGAACUACCUCUCUUUCCCUCCCCCACUCCCCAGCCCCAUUUACAACCUGCACUUCACCUUGAAGAGGAGAAGGAGAUAGAGCGUCCUCGUCCCACACCUGUUCCGAUCUUUGCACCAACACGACCUCGACAGAGUAAAACCUUCGGUUCCUCGGCUAAAAACCAAAUCCGUGGUUCUGCCCCGGUUAAAAUGGAAAAAUCCGCCGCUCUUCAGAAACUUUAUGACAUAGCUGGCGAUGACUGGGAUUCUGACGAGACGAUCCAGAAGAGUUUGUCCAAGCAGCUGACCAAGUUUAUCUGCCCCGCUAAUGAGGGGAAUUUUCCAGAUCCGAACAGCUGUGAUGUGUACCACCAAUGUGCCCAUGGGGCGUCUACCCGGUACACCUGCCAGGCCGGUCUCAAGUGGAAUGUGGCAACGGAUCAAUGUGACUGGGAGGCAAAUGUGGAUUGUAGUUUAAACCUACGUCCAGGGUCGGGCGGCAGUGCCAUUUAUCGUUAUUAUAAAUAUUAGUAAACUCUUCAAGAAUAUCUGAAGGACAAAUUCAAAAAUGGAGAUUAUUAAAGAUUUUAUAAGAUAAGAUGAAAUUGGACAAAAACUGUAAAUUAAAGGUGUCAAUGAAAGUAUUUCUCGAUGAAACCGCAGAAUUUUUUAACUAAAGGUCCUCCGGCAUGAUUUGAUAAAUUUCUUGCUUAAAGCCUUGGAACAAAUCCUUGAAAACAUUAAUAAAACAUGGCUCAGCUAGAUGAUCAUGUCUUCAAGCCAAUGCAACCCUAUUCUCUCUAUCUUCCAUUAUUAAACAUAUUAUAUAAGGGCAUUAAUAAACCUUGUACAUGAUUUUCUAGACGCACAUUGUACAUUUUGCUCAACACUUAUUGUAUUGCAAUCGUUAUUGUACUGUAAACUUGUAUUUAUUUAAUUAUUUAUUUAUUUAUUUAAAAUACAUACUU